AUGCUUGCCCCAUGCAAACAUGUAGCUAUUCCCAACCAUAAAAGAGUGCAUCAGAGUGCACAGAAUCAAUACACGACCAUUCAACUCGAAGAUUGCAAAUUCCAGGUCAAGAUGCCGCCCAAUCCCCAACUUGUGGAAGAUAUCAUGCAAGCCCGCGAUACGCGACUAGACAACUUGUCGAAUAGCUCUGGUUCCAAGAACAAGGACCUGAGGGCUCGUGUCACAGGUCUGAAGGAACAACUGCUGCGGCUCGAGGAGAGAAUGACAAAGCUGAAACAGUUGAUGGACGGCAAUUCUGCGAAGGGUCACUCAAUACCGGUCAAUGGAACGAGUUCAGGAGGCGACAAAGACGUGGACAGCACUGAGAUAGGAGUAGGCAACUCGCAUGCGAUAUCAAAUACGGGAGCCUACUGUUGA